GAGGUGACAGCGGAUAACGAUCACUUGGCGAAUUUGAGAGGUGAGGGCCGUUACUUCGGCGUCACAGACCCGGAUGCGAACCAGCCGGUGUGUUCCAAUUGUCACCGGAGGGGACACAAGCGUGCCCACUGUAAAGUAGUGGUUUGCCACGCUUGCGGUAAGGUUGAUGAUCACUACGAGACGCAGUGUCCCAACUCAAUGGUGUGCUCGAACUGCGGGGAGAAGGGCCAUUUCCGCAAUAACUGUCCCUCAAAAAGAAACCAGACGUACUGUGUGGAGUGUGACUCAAGGAAUCACUCCUCCGAGAGAUGCCCUUCAAUCUGGAGAAGUUACGUCCUCAGGCCAGCGGACAAGAACGCCAAGGUCGCCUAUCCGUCUGCCAAGAUUUUCUGCUACAACUGCGCCACCAAGGGUCACUAUGGCGACGACUGUCGACAAAUGAGAGUCUCGAAGACCCCUAAUAUCAACGGGUCAGCAUUCAGCGGAGACAAUCUACCAAAAGUAUUGGUUUCCCAGUACAGAAACAUGCUGAACAGAGAG